AUGCUCAAUAAGUACACUCUUGAAUUUCUAUUCAAGGAUUAAGCUGAACAAUAUGAAAACUAUUCCAAAUAAUCUAAACUAAGAGAAGUAACAUACUUCACCAUCUAUUCAGUUGUAAUUAUUCUACUCUACUAUAGUCCUUUUCAAUUUUAAACACCACAAAAUUUAUCUUACGAGAUUCUAUUCCUUAUUCAAUACUUAGUGGAAUAUCUGUUUUUGCUAUAUUGAUACUAUGGAAAAUAUUACAAAAAAAACUACACUUAAUCAAUUUAAUUGUAACCAUUUAUCAAAUGUUUUUGCUUUGUGCUUUUAAAAUGCCUUAAUUAUUUGAUGGUACAUCUAAUCCAACUUUAGAUCAAUCUUGGUAUUAUGGGUUUUAAUGUGGUUACUUACAUUUUAGUGUUUAUCUUUUAAGUGCUAACUUCAUUUAUUAAACCUUUCUACUGAUUAUUGUUAUCGCCCUUCAUUUAUAUUAAGAUAACAUAGAUAUUAAAGAUGGUAUUAUUAAUAUAUUUCUCUUUGUUUUUUUGGCUAUGAGUAUGAUAGCUAUCAAAUACAAUUAUGAAAAAACUAAAAAAGAAUAAUAUGUUUAGAGUUGUCAACAAGAAAGAUGGGAAUAAUUAUUAACAAAAGUAUUAUCAAGUUCUAUUUUACUUGUAUCACAUGAUAAAAAAUAAGAUUAAUUGUAACUUGAAAAAGAAAACAAAUUUUCGUAAAUUUUAUUUAGAUUAAAAGAUAGUGAAAAUUUACGAUUGUUACUCAGAUAAGUAUAUGAAUUUUUAAAUUUAUUAGUUAAUCUUAUCUUCCAGUAGAGAUCCAGAAGAUAGUGUCUCAAAUGUAGUUCAUAUUAAUAUGGAAAAUACAUUAAGAAGAUUCUUAAUACAUACUCAAGAAUUUGCUGAUUCUUUUAAAACUUAUAAAUAUACUGUUCAACAUUAAAAAACUUAGAAGUUUUAUAAUGUUAAAAUACUAAGAUGUGUAUUUAAUAAUAAAUUAUAAUGUUUAUUGAUUAUUGAUCCAAAAAAAAAAUAUUUUUAUCAUUAAACUUAAGUUUUAUGGAGAAUCCUUUAAAAUUUAACUGAAACGGCAAAUGAAUAAUCACGUUUUUUAAUCAAAAUGCUUAAUAAAUUUAAUCAAAUUUCAAUUAAAUAAAAAUUUCCAGAUUAAAAAUUCUAUUUUAAUCACAAUUUCAUAUAGAAUAUGUAAAUCAUUUUUUAAAACAAAUCUAAUCGGCUUAAAUUAUAAGAUAUAACUCAAAAUUCAUUAUAAAAUGCACUUGAUCCAUUAAUUGGAUCUGAUUCUUAAAAAGUAUUACUUGUUAAAUCAUUUAUUCAUGAUAUUUCCAUAAUUCAGUAAUUAUUAAUUUCAUGCUUUUACAUAAUAUAGCAAAUAUUUAAAGAUCUAAAAAUUCUACAAAUAUUAAUAGAAAAUCAAAAAACAGAAAUUUUAUUUUAAAUUAAAAUAAAGGAAAGAGAUAAAACAAUUUAAACUAAGAUUUUAGAAAUCUUACAAACAAAUUGGGUCAAAUCUCCAAAAGGAUUCUUUCAUAAAACUAAUGUUCCUCAAUCACUUUUAGAAAGAAUGAGUUAUUUGACAUAAUAGUUUUAGAUACCUAUAAAUCUACUACUUAAUAUAAGUAUCACUUAAUUAAUUCUUUCUGAGUUUGGAGUUUAUAAUCAUUUAGAUAUUAUACAAGAUAAUAAUGAAUUUACUUUUACAUUUUCCUUAGUACCUUAAAUUUAAUGA